AUGAGACCAGCCAGAAAACAAGUGGACGAAUCCAUUCUAAAAGAAGGUCCGAAUAGAGGCCCGCCCAUAGAUCGUUCAGGCACUUAUUACAACAUUUGGUACAAUAAAUGGACUGGCAGCGAUAAAAUCCCUAGGGGGGAAAAAGCUAAAACAAGGUGUAAUGCUGAGUUAGACGUGGGUGAAACAAAAGGUGAUAAAAUGUCGAAUGCAUAUUUCUGCUUGUUCUUUGCUAGAGGCUGCUGUCCAUUCGGAUAUGAAUGUAAUUAUUUGCAUCGUAUACCUGAUGAGUCUGAUCCCGUUGAUUCAACAAUUGACGCGUUUGGUCGUGAUAAAUUUAAUGAGUAUCGUGAGGAUAUGGGUGGCGUGGGUUCGUUUAAUCGGGAAAAUCGGACACUUUAUGUUGGUCACAUUUACAUAAAGCCAGAGAUGGAGGAAACUGUACGUAAACAUUUCGGUGAAUGGGGCGAAAUAGAGAAAAUAAAGAUAUUGAAAGAUAAAGGAGUCGCUUUUGUUACUUAUAAAAGUUCACUUAAUGCGGAAUUUGCCAAAGAAGCCAUGAGCAACCAAAGCCUGGAUAGUAAUGAGGUGCUCAAUGUGAGAUGGGCAACAGAUGAUCCAAAUCCUAAGGCUAAAGAAGAAUAUAAACGAAAAGCAGAAGCAUUGGCUGCACAGGCUAUACAAAAGCAUUUACCGGCAGAAUUUACAUUAAAUAAUGCUGAUUAUGAGUAUAAGCGUCCUCGAUUAACUGAAAAUUCUGAUGAAACUACCCAGGAGCUUGAAAAUCAUCAAUCUUCUCAGGGCUUACCUGAACAACCAAUGGUAAACACAGAGGAAUCAUCAAUGAUACCCGAUCAAACUCCUUUCAUCUAUACUACUAUGUCUAAGAAAGGAGGAAUUCUUUCCGAAGAGACUUUACAAACUUUGAAAUCUUUAUCAAUGAUUAAUCGAUCUAUGACUGUCCAAUCUCAACAACUGGCACAAAAACCAGAAACCAAUAAAAGUGCACUGGGGGGAUUAGCAGAUUAUGAAAGUGAUGAAGAGGUUGAAAUUGAAUCAGAAGCUAUCGAGAACAAAGAAGGUCAAGUUAAAACAGAAAUUCCAUUAAAAGAUGAACCAACUGAGAAUGAAGUCAAAACAGAAAUUCCAUUAAAUGUAAAAACCAAGACGACAAAGAAAAAGACCACUACGCCUGUGAAUGUGGUUAGACGUAUAUCUCCCUUCAACCUCACGAUGAAUCACAUUUCAUUAUUGCCACCUUCUCCAAAUUGGAAUGCCUCAAAAGCUUGUUCGCUUUCCGAACAAGCAAAUAUAUUCGUCUAUGCUACUAAUGAACUAUUAAUAUUGCUGAAUUUGCAAACUCUAAAAUAUAUUGGGUAUCUAAAAGGCCAUUCUGAAAGAGUAAACGCGUUAGAAACCUGUGAUACAUUAUGUGUAUCCGGAAGUAAUGAUAAGUCGGUCCGAUGUUGGGAUAUGCUUGCUCGGAAAGAAACCGCGAUAUUAGAAGGCCAUAAGGCAUCGAUUUUCUCUUUAGAUCUUUAA